AUGCUGCUGCAGAUGUAUCGAACUGUUAAAACCACUGACAAGGGUGCAGCUUCCUCAGGCCAAUCGGAUGGAUCUGGAGAAGAAGAUAUCUCCACUGUGGGAAGUGCAAGUGACCGUGCCAGUUUGCGCCUAUUUAUGGACCAAAGAGGAGUACCAUCUGAAGGGCCUUCUCAGCAAGAUACCGAUUGCCCUUCCUCUAAUACCCUGUGGAGUAACUCCUCAAGGUAG